UCCAGCCCAGAAACUUGCUGCCGCCGCCGCCACCAGCCCUUCUGCACUGCACAGACCAGUCGCUGGGGCCCCUCCACUGCAAUAAAAUGUUUGACGGCUCCCUCCUGCCUCUCUUAUUUCCUUUCCUGCUGCUCUGGGGACUGGACACCACCGCAGCCGGCGGCGCGGAGCUGGAAGUGGCCAUCCCGCAGCGAGUGGCGCUGGAGAAGAUCCACCUGCUGCAGCCGGCCGGGGCCGGGCACGGGAGCAGCCCCCGGCGCCGGCGCUCGCCGCCCGAGGAGGAGGCCGUGCUGCUCCGCCUGCCGGCCUCCGGCCGGGAGCUCUACCUGCACCUCCGGCGGGACCUGCACUUCCUCGCGCGGGGCUUCGCGGUGGAGGAGCCGGGAGAGGCCCCGGCCCGCAGCCGCCCCCCGGCCGAGCAGCUCUGCUUCUACACGGGACACGUGCUGAACCGCAGCGACUCCUUCGCCUCCGUCAGCACCUGCGCCGGGCUGAUUGGCUAUAUCCAGAUUGGAACAGAACAGCUGCUAAUACAGCCUGUAAAUAUCUCGGAGACCUCAUUCAGUGGAAGAGAGCAUUUCAUCAGGCACAAACGAUCCUCAAAAUCCACCUAUCCUGCUAAGGCCCAGGUCCCUGCCGAGCACUGCAAAGUCAUAUCAGAAAAGAAGAGACAAAAGAAGAUGAAACCAGUGAAUGACUGGAGAGAGCGAAGAAAUGCCAUCCGACUCACCAAUGAGUAUACAGUAGAAACCCUGGUAGUGGCUGAUGCUGAUAUGGUGCAAUACCAUGGUGCUGAGGCAGCCCAAAGGUUCAUCCUCACCGUUAUGAACAUGGUGUACAAUAUGUUUCAGCACCAGAGCCUUGGAAUUAAAGUCCGCAUUCGAGUGACCAAGCUAGUUCUCCUUCGAAACCGUCCUGCAAAACUGUCCAUUGGGCACCAUGGAGAGAGGUCUCUGGAGAGUUUCUGUCACUGGCAAAAUGAAGAGUAUGGUGGAGCAAAGUAUCUUGGCAAUAAUCAGGUUCCUGGUGCAAGAGAUGAUACCCCUCCUGUGGACGCUGCUGUCUUUGUUACCAGGACAGAUUUCUGCGUACACAAAGAUGAACCCUGUGACACAGUGGGGAUCGCUUACCUGGGAGGUGUAUGCAGUGCCAAGAGGAAGUGUGUGCUUGCUGAAGACAAUGGCCUUAAUCUGGCAUUUACCAUCGCACAUGAACUGGGGCACAACAUGGGGAUGAGCCAUGACGAUGAUCAUUUGUCCUGCGCAGGAAGAUCUCACAUAAUGUCUGGAGAAUGGGUGAAGGGCAGGAACCCUAGUGACCUUUCUUGGUCUUCCUGCAGCCGUGACGACCUUGAAAACUUCCUAAAGUCCAAGGUGAGCACCUGUUUGCUGGUAACAGACCCCCGAAGCCAGUAUGCCGUGCGGCUUCCUCACAAGCUGCCAGGGAUGCACUACAGCGCUGAUGAACAGUGCCAGAUCCUAUUCGGGACCAAUGCCACUUUCUGUAAGAAUAUGGAGCAUUUGAUGUGUGCUGGGCUGUGGUGCUUGGUGGAAGGAGACACGUCUUGUAAAACCAAGCUGGACCCCCCCCUGGAUGGCACAGAAUGUGGCGCAGACAAGUGGUGCCGAGCUGGGGAAUGCGUCAGUAAAACUCCCAUUCCUGAGCACGUCGAUGGAGACUGGAGCAUGUGGAGUCAAUGGAGCAUGUGCAGCCGGACAUGUGGCACCGGUGCCCGAUUCAGACAGCGGAAAUGUGACAAUCCCCCCCCUGGGCCAGGAGGCAAGAACUGCCGGGGAGCCAGUGUGGAACACACAGUUUGUGAAAAUUUACCCUGCCCUAAAGGAGCGCCUAGCUUCAGGGACCAGCAAUGCCAGUCUCAUGACAGAUAUACCAACAAGAAGAAAAGCCUCUUGACAGCUGUCAUCAUUGAUGAUAAGCCGUGUGAACUCUUCUGCUCUCCUCUGGGGAAGGAGUCCCCUGCGUUGGUGGCAGACAGGGUUCUUGAUGGUACUCCAUGUGGGCCUUAUGAGACUGACCUCUGCGUACAUGGCAAGUGCCAGAAAAUCGGCUGCGAUGGGAUCAUUGGCUCAGCUGCCAAAGAGGAUCGUUGUGGAAUCUGCAAUGGAGAUGGCAAAACCUGUAAAGUGGUGAAAGGAGACUUCAACCACACCAAGGGGAUGGUAACCAAUAGUCAUUGUAAGAAGGUUUCCACGUGUGUGAUGGCAAAGGCAAAGGCUGUUCCCAAGUGUUUCUCGUGUUAUAUUGAAGCAGCUGUGAUCCCUGCGGGUGCUCGACGGAUCCGAGUGGUGGAGGAUAAACCUGCCCACAGUUUUCUGGCUUUAAAAGAUUCCAGUAAGAGAUCCAUUAACAGCGACUGGAAAAUUGAGCUUCCUGGUGAGUUUCAGAUCGCAGGCACUACUGUCCGGUACGUGCGAAGGGGUCUAUGGGAGAAAAUGUCUGCCAAAGGACCAACUAAAAUACCACUGCACUUGAUGGUGCUGUUAUUUCAUGACCAGAAUUAUGGAAUUCAUUACGAAUACACCAUUCCUGUCAACUAUACCGCCGAAAACAGAAGCGAGCCAGAAAAACAACAGGAUUCUUUGUACAUCUGGACACACAGCGGAUGGGAAGGAUGCAGUGUGCAGUGUGGAGGAGGUGAACGUAAAACCAUUGUGUCCUGUACUAGGAUCGUUAACAAGACGAUGAUGCUGGUGAAUGAUAGUGACUGCCAGCGUGUGAUGCGCCCUGAACCCCAAGUCAGGAGAUGUAACACACACCCCUGCCAGUCACGGUGGGUGACAGGCCAUUGGAGUUCUUGCUCUGCGACCUGCGAGAAAGGCAUCCAGUACCGGGAAGUGACUUGUGUUUAUCAGUUGCAGAAUGGCACCUACGUUAACACCAGAGACCUCUACUGCCUGGGCCACAAACCCACGCCAAUACAAAGCUGUGAAGGCCAGGACUGCCUUUCUAUCUGGGAGGCUUCAGAAUGGUCAAAGUGCUCAGCAGAUUGCGGCCGGGGAAUCCAGAAGAGAACAGUAAUGUGCACGAAUUCUCAAGGGAAAUGCGAUGCAGCCACCAGGCCAAGGGACGAGGAAGAGUGUGAGGAUCACACAGGCUGUUAUGAGUGGAAAACAGGGGAUUGGUCUAAGUGCUCCUCAACCUGCGGGAAGGGCCUCCAGUCACGUGUGGUGCAGUGUAUGCACAAAGUCACCGGCCGCCAUGGCAACGAGUGCCCUGUCCUAUCCAAGCCAGCAGCCUACAGGCAGUGUCACCAAGAGGUCUGCAAUGAGAAGAUAAAUGUCAACACAAUUACCUCGCCCAGACUUGCUGCUCUCACAUAUAAGUGUACAGGGGACCAGUGGACAGUGUACUGCAGGGUGAUCCGUGAGAAGAACCUGUGCCAAGACAUGAGAUGGUAUCAACGCUGCUGCCAGACAUGCAGAGACUUUUACGCAAACAAGAUGCAGCAGAAGAGUUAAUGAAUUGGUGCUGCUGCUUAGGGUAUUACAGCUAUUUCUAUGUAAAUCACGAACGAGCAGCUCUGAGUACUGGAACUUAAUGAGUUGCUACGAUGUGGUGGAUUCCAAAGCAUACCUAAUAAGACUUGAAACUAAUUCUGCAGACUGGAUGUACCAAAGUAAUCCACUCAUCCACCUUAAAAAAGAGUCAUCUCAAGGAGCCAAUCACGUAGAAUUUUAUUGUGUUUUGACAUCAUUACAUUUUUCAUUAAUGCUUUUUACUUUAAUAUAUUAUUACCAGCCACUGGAUGGCUUGCUACCAUUUAAAAAGAAAAAAAAAAGACAAGAGUUGCAACGUGAUUAAAUUGACUAAAGUCAUGUGUACCUCAGUGGGAGAAAGCCUCUGGCAAAUAACUCAGCAAACGUGCAGACAUUACUUAAUGCUUCAACCUUGGCUUCCAUCUGAUGCUCUUAAUUCCCAACAGUCAGCAUGCUGUGGGGUGGGCUUGGAGGGACACACACAAAUGAAAUGCUUAAUUUAAAAGGGGGAUUUGCUAUAAAAGCUUGUGAAAACGGAUAGCAGAGGAUGGAUGUCUCUGAAAUUUCUGCAGAAAGCUCAGCACAGUUUUAUCCAACAUUCCAUUUAUUGUAAUUUAAAAAAAAAACACUAAUUGGGAAUUCCUUCUCCUGUCUGGUUCUGAAAACAUAUCCCCCUCUCUCUAUUUAAAAACACAUGUGUUUUCUUUUAUGAUGCCUUAUUCUCCUCAACGAGUUUAAAGAAAUGGAAGCUAAUUAACCCAGGAGCAGACAGUUAAUUUUAAGCCAGAACCACUUGCAUGAGAUGGAAGUAGCAGGAAAUCAUUUCAAUAUAUACGGUUUGUUGGGGAGGGGUUGUUUAACCUCCUCUUUCCAAUUUUUGGAAUUCAAUCUGAUAAUGAGACUGAAUGCUAUUUCUUAAGGGUAUUGUGAAACCAACUAGGGUUGGCACAUACCCGAAACAGAGACCAGAACAGCAUUUGCAGGAAGGGUAACUUAGAGACCAAGCAGAUCUUUCCCCUCUCUAGGGGCUGGUCUACACUGGGGGGGGGGGAGGGGGGAUCGAUCUAAGAUACGCAACUUCAGCUACAUGAAUAGCGUAGCUGAAGUCGAAGUAUCGUAGAUCGAUUUACCUUGGGUCCUCACGGCGUGGGAUCGAUGGCUGCGGCUCCCCCGUUGACUCCGCUACCGCCGCUCACUCCAGUGGAGUUCUGGAGUUGAUAGGGAGCGCGUUUGGGGAUCGAUAUGUCGCGUCUUAACGAGACGCGAUAUAUCGAUCCCCGAUAAAUCGAUCACUACCCACCGAUACGGCGGGUAGUCUGGACGUACCCUAGGAUGUAUACAUCAUAAAUCCUUUUGAGACGGAAAGGGAGCAGUUAGUAGACUUUCAGAGUGAAAUUCUGGGCUAAUUGAAGCCAAAAUGGCAAAACUCCUAUUGCCUUCAGUAGGGCCAGGGUUUCACACUCAGGCUAUGUCUACACUGGCGAUUGAACGACACAACUUUUGUCUUUCAGAGGUGUUAAAAAAAACCAACAACAGCAACUACCCUGAAAGACAAAAGUUUUGCCAGCAAUUAGCGCCAGUGUGAACAGUGUGCCAGGCUCUCCUGCCAACAACGCAAAUGCCGCUCGUUGGGGGUGGAAGUUUUUUGUCGGCAGGAGAGCCAACAAACAGCAGCUACACGGCAUGACUUUUAGCGGCACAGCUGUAGCGAGAUAGCCAUGUUGCUAAAAGCUGUGCAGUGUACCCAUAGCAUCAGUCUUGUCUCCUUUUGCUUUGUUACCUGGUGUUCCUUUUAUGAGGACAGUUGGAGAGUGCUGUGUAAAUGAUAGUGUCUUACACGUGUCUAAACUUCAGACCAAAUUCGUCCCUGAGAUUUAAAUGGGAGCUCCACACAGGGCAGAAUUUGGUUUAGUGAGCAUUACAGUCGAUCAAUGUCUCUCUGCCAUAUCUAACUCAGGCUAUGUCCACACUACAACCAGGAUCCACGCUCUGAGAUCGAUCCACCGGCGGUCGAUUUAGCGGAUCUAGUGGAGACCCACCAAAUAGACAGUAGAUCACUCUCCAGUCGAGCCUUGUACUCUACCCCUGACAAGAAGAGAAAGGUAAGUCGACGGGAGAGUUUCUGCCGUCGACCCCCGUGGUGUAGACCCCACGGUAACUCGAGCUAAGGUAUGUCGACUCCAGCUGCGUGAAUAACGUACCUGGAGUUGAGUAGCAUAGGUCGACUUACUGCGGUAGUGUAGACAUAGCCUCAGACACGUAUCCUUUCCCUUGCCAAGCUCUGCUGCCAUGCAUGCCGUGGGUAGGUUACACUCACGCUCUGUGAAAUCAGCCGAGCCGUAUGGGUGAAUUAUAGCUUUAUACUUGCUUUAGAGACAUAUGUUAAUAUUUAUGAUUUUGGAGAUGGGCACAGAACAAAACCCAGUCCCCAGCACUAAACAUUGGGAAAGUCUGGAUCCCAAUGUGAGCAUUGUGGCUCAUGCCUCUCUCUCAUGUUAUUGCUAUUAUUGCCUUCCUUUAAUAUGCCGAGGGAUAAAGGCAUUUAGUACUUAACAUUUUUAAACAACAUUUUCUCCCUGGAUUGUUGCGGUAUCCAGGAGCUCGGUGAAAUAAUUUGUAAUGGCUUUAUUAAGGGCUGAGCUUUCAAACAUAGGAACCUAACUUCCAUCUGCAGACUGGUAACUGCAUAUGCAUCCACAUUUGCAUGGGCAAAAUGUGUACUUGCUUGUGCAACUGGGCUUGUGCACCCAAGUGCUGGUCUGCACGCAUAAAGGCACAUUUGUAUACACAAUUAUCUCUCUGUAAGUGCUUGGCCCUAACAGAUCUUUAUUCUGCAUACUAGAUAGUUUUCGUGUGUGAGGGAAAUGAUUCUAAUUUGAUGGUUGUUAUACCGGUGGCUCUUUGGGUAAGUUCCUUUUAAAAUCCGAAUCAAAUCUUUUCCUCCUAUUUCUAACCUUGGGUCCAAAUUCAGAGCUGACAUAGUUGGUUGUGUAAGUUACCAAGUAGCAUAAGUCAGUAUAAAAUGGUGUAGUUAAUGCAGAAAGAGAGGUGGGGGGAAUGUAGCUGAUUGAAGGUCAUGGUAUAAAAACCAAAAUCGACAGAGUAGGCAGAUAAACAGGUAAUGAGAAAGUGCAAGAAGGUAUCCGAUCAAGCAGAGAGAGCCUGCUUUAUCUUAAGAAGGCCUGUUAGUAGCUUUUCCUGCCAUACUCUCCCCAUUCAGUCCCUUGACAUGUAAGUUACACCCCUUUACCUCAGCCUACUGACAUGCACCUCACUCUGCCAUUCACUGCCCCCAUUGUAAAGUGAUUUGCAUCCCUGUUAGGGUUUGGGGUUUUCUUAAAGGGUAACAUUUCAGCUCACGGUGUGGCUUGACUCUGUGAAAUGCCACAUCCUCGCAUGUCAUUUAUUACAGCAUGUUACUUGUGUUGUUUUGUGCUGUCAUGUGAUUUAUCACAAGACCCUUUCAUUCUGUUCAGAGUGAUAAGAAAUGGACUUCUUACAUAGUGGGAGUUUUUUCGCCUUCUCAAGGCCCUGAUCCAGCCCCCUCUGCUGUCAAUAGAAAUACUCCCAUUGACGUCAGCGGGGUUUUGGGCUAGGUCCCAAGUUUGCGUCCAUAUAAUGGGACAUGAAUCUGCUGGUUUAAUGGAUGGAUUUCUUUUGACUGUCUGAGCACAAAUGCCAUUUAUUUCUGAGCAGAAAUCCUCCUACAUUAAAAACAGAGCCCCAUUUGUAUUACUUGAUCUCCUGAUGACCCUAAAUCCCGUCCCAUUUUGUAAUGGCCAAAAAUAUCAACAAAAAUGUUUAAUUCUGCACUUUUGCUUUGUAUCAUUUUAUAGAUGCUUUUACUAUGAAUUUACAGCUACGCUCUGGCCUCAGUUACUACAUACCAGUGAAAAGAAAGCUGUUUAUUUCAGUGUAGCCAUGACGAUAUUUUUUUUUUUGUUCAUAAGAGAUUGAUGCUCUUUGAUUACAGUGGUGGUAUUUCCAUAUUGUAAACAAUACUCUAUGUACUGUUACUAAAGUACUGUACAUUUCUAGUUGCACAAUUGUGUUACGAAGUGUAGAUUCUCACUAUCUUAUGUAUGGUGCUAUUUCUCUGUUGUUGGUGGAAAAGAAAUCUUAGCAGUUGAUUAUUGCUUGAUAUUUUAUUAUAAUACAGGGAUAUAUCCUCCAUGGCAAUAAUAGCAUUUAAGGUUCUCAUUACAGAGUGAAAUGUAUAUAUUUUUCCAUUAGUUAAUUUACGUAUGUACUGUAUCCAUGGUUUAAAAAAAAAUUGUGCUGGCUAUAAAUAGAAAAAAAAACUGUCAAGCAGAAUGGAACUAGUUGUAAAUGAAAAUCAAAAAGAGAGGAUUGUUCCAGUCUGAAACAAAUUGAAUAGGUUUAAUAGUAAAUUAAUUUUUCCAUAACAAUCUUAUAAGGUUUAUGAACUUGAAAAAAAUGCAAAGCAAAACCAAACAGCUAACUGUGAAAAUAAAGAAGUAGUAAGUCUGUAAGUAACACAUGGUGCAUCUGUCUAAUACUUGACUGAGACUUGGAUUCAGAUGAGUCCAGGACCCACCAUUGACAUCUGUGGUAGGUGUAAAAGGUCAUUUGUCAGUGAAAUACUGGCAGCUCGGCGUUCCCAGCGUGCUAAGAAAUCAUGAACUGAUGGGUCUCGUCCCAAUGUGGUUGCAAAAUAACAUACAGGGAAUGUUAAUCUGUAGCGAAUGCCAAGUGAGUUCUUUGGUCGGUGACACACCACAGCAGAAAACGCCUGGCUGGAAAAACUGAUCUAGGCUCCAUUUGGGAUAAGCUGCAUAGGUCUUGGGAGUCUGUUGGGAGGAUAAAGCUUUUGCAUGGGGGGGAGGGGGUUUUAUAAGCACAUUUCAGAGAGUUUUCUUUCAAUGUAUGUUAGAAUCAAGGUGAAGUGGCAGCCACACUGUAUGUUUAAUGGUAGCUGCCGCACAGACGCAGCCUUAUGCUGAAGGUUGCUGAGCAUGUGGAAAUUAUAUUGGAGUAAAAAUUAUCCCAUCCAUUUGAAAGGUAUCUACAUAAUUUAGCUGCACACUUCCUUGGUGUGAAUAAACAGAAGUAUUCAAAGCUGA